AUGAGCGUCCUACUGCCCAACAUGGCGGACUUCGACACCAUCUAUGAGCUGGACGAAGAAGAGGAACGGGUAGUGAGCGAAGAACACUUGGCUAGAUACUGCCCUGAGCCUGUGAUCAUGCGGGGGGCCGGGCACAUCACCGUGUUUGGCCUGAGCAACAAAUUUGACACUGAAUUUCCUUCAGUUCUCACCGGAAAGGUGGCUCCGGAGGAGUUCAAGACGACGAUUGGCCGGGUGAACGCAUGUUUGAAGAAGAACCUGCCUGUCAACGUGAAGUGGCUUCUGUGUGGCUGUCUGUGCUGUUGUUGUACGGUGGGCUGCAGUCUGUGGCCUGUCAUAUGUCUCAACAAGAGGACACGAAGAUCAAUUCAAAAACUAUUAGAGUGGGAAAAUAACAGAUUGUAUCACAAGCUGGGGCUGCACUGGAAACUCAGUAAGAGGAAAUGUGAAAGCAGCAAUAUGAUGGAAUAUGUAAUUCUUAUAGAAUUCUUGCCCAAAUAUCCUAUAUUCCGACCGGACUGAGGAGGCGGCGACACGGUCCUGGUGUAUGACCUUUCAUUCCUACCCUUAGUGCCUUGUAGAUACAUGUUGGAUUGACGGUCUACACUGCUGUGUCAUGACCCGCCCCCCCCUCCUCCCCUGCUUCCUCACUCCCCCCACCCCCUCAGUACCUUGUACAGUAGAAUGGCUACACUGUCACUUUGCUUUAGAGCAGAUUUUGCACAUUUCCUGACACGGUAGUAAUGCGCCUUUGUUGCACUCUGAUCUUUGUUUUUGUUACAAUUAACGCGCAAGGUAAUUUGCCACAGGGUGCUGAUGGGUGCUGAGAAGUGAAAGAAAAAGGCCAGAAACUUUACAUCCGUCUGUCGGUCUCUCCUCCCCCACGCACAAUAUGCCACUAAGCCAUCCUCCCUUUCAGUUGCGUUGCUUCUCGUUGGUCUUCGGAAAGAGCGCAGCGCCUAUCCGGUGACUUGCAGAUUUGCCUUACAAGGAACCGCCGUCCCGGGGACCUUCAAACCACAGAGAUGUGUGCUGGGCAGCAGAAAUGAGCAGAGUACUGCAAGGUCAUCUGCUUGGCGGUUUUGAGUUUCUUAUCCAUCCUAUCCAUUUCUCCUAAAACACAAAGGUAAUCUAAACGAGUGGGAGGCUCGACAUUCGUUUUGCGUAUUCUGAGUGGCACCGUAUCUCUCCUGCACUUUGGAAAUUACCUUCUGUACAGGGAAGUCGAGAACCUAUCCUGUAAAUAUCACUCUAGGACAGAUGUACAGUGUGGUAUACCAUUGUUUACAUGAUGUAAUAUAGCUCAAUUUGUUUUGCCAAUAUAUUACUGUACUAUAGAUUUGUUUAUGAACGAUGUUUGAGUAACUUUCCAGUUUGUACGGACCUGUUUACCUAGUAAGCCAUAUGAUUGCGAUGUUCAUAAUGCCAGUGUGAGGACUGAAAAUUGCACUUGAGCACAUGGAAGUUCAGGGCUUCAGUUCGCUGUGUUACUGAUGUCUGGAGUUGGUGUGCUCUACAAUGACACUAGUGGUAUAUGUUAAAUGUAGUUUUGCCAACCAAGGAAGAAAUGACACUUAAAAUGACUUUUUGUUUUCCCCAGUAAGGUCAUUCAUUGAAAAUCAAAUUGCAUCAUGUAUGAUGCUUGGAUUUGGGCUCUGCAUUUCUUUUUUCCUUCAUUAUGGUUCAACCUUUCCGUGUAGCUCGGUGUUCAUAUUUUUUUUUUUUUUAACCUGUGUAUUUUCAAUGCUGUACUUUCUUAAGGUAGCUGUGUUUUAUGCAAAUCCAGGAAGUUCACUGGUUUUGAAGGGUAACUUCACCGAAAAUCUGAGAUUUAAUAUGUUGUUGCUCACCGUUCGGUUUAGCAGGAGUGUGCAAAGCAACACACUGGCGGCACAGUAUGCGAGUCUGCACUUCCGUUUACGUCACCCUUUGACAUGAGCAAAUUAAAUUUAGGGUCACUACUUGUCCAUUUUUAAAUAUUAGGUUCCAAAAAAAAUAGCACAUUCUUUUUCUUAAAUUUUAAG